AUGUCGGAGCGUAUCCUAGCAGCUAGACUACAUAGUCGGCACAUCAAUAUUUCUGUUGUGGUGGCCUAUGCUCCUACGGAGGAUGCGCAGGAUAGCGUUAAGGACGAUUUUUAUCAGCAGUUGGGUGGAUCAUUCAACAGCCUACCCAGUCACGACGUGAAGAUUCUUCUUGGUGACUUCAACACCAAGAUUGGGCGCGACAACUCAUCUUGGUCUGGGGUAAUUGGAGGAGAGUCCUUACAUGAGACGUCAAGUAAUAACGGACUUCGGCUGUUGGAUUUCUGUGCCAUGUAUCAGUUGACAGUUGGGGGAACAUUGUUUCAACACAAGGACAUCCAUAAAGGCACCUGGAGGUCUCCCAAUGGCCGUACUGUCAAUCAGAUAGAUCAUGUUUGUAUCUCUACCAAGUGGAGUCACUCUCUUCUUGAUGUUCGAACUUAUAGAGGUGCAGACAUAGGCUCUGAUCACUACUUGGUCAAGAGUCCUAUGAGGAUCAAACUGAUGGGAAUCAAAAAGAUACAAGGGUCACAUAGAAAAGCACCAGCUAUCGAGCUUCUGCGUGACCAAUCUAAGGUGCAGGAGUAUUGCAUCGCACUGCAUAACCGAUUCAGUGGUCUGCCGGUGGAAGAGAGUCUGGAUGGAGAGUGGGAGUUGGUCAAGGAGGGCAUCAGGGAGGUUUCUUUGGAGGUUUUGGGUCAACGCCCGCGCCGGAGGAAGAAACAGCACUGGUCACAAGAGACAAAGGAUCUCAUCACGGAGCGGAGUAAGGUCAAGCAGAAAUGCCCUAGUGAUGGAUUCAAUAGAUCUGAGUAUUCUCUUGCUAAUAAGCGUGUUAAGAAGAGCUGCAAGAAGGACGAUGAGAACUGGGCUUUACGGGUUGCAGCCGAUCUGGAAACAGCUUCUUCACACGGUCAGCAGAGGGAGAUAGGAGACGUGGACCUUUCAGACCUAGACAGUCUAGAGGUCGUACCAUGUUUUCCGUAUCUGAGUGAUAGUGAUAUACCCCCUAGCAGAACAGAGAUCUCUGAGGCUUUAAAGAGUCUGAAGAAUCACAAGAGCCCUGGAAUUGAUGAAAUUUCCAACGAACAGCUGAAGUAUGGGGCUCCUGGUCUUUUAGACAGGCUUGAGAAACUGUUUGCACGUGUAUGGGAGACAGAGAAUGUGCCAGAGGAUUGGGUUAAGGGUAUCAUUGUUAUUGUCCCGAAAAAGGGUGAUACAUCAUACUGCUAG